AUGGAGAAGGACACUUCCGUGUCGGAACUGCUACGUAAAAGAGAGGAACUCCUUCGACUGUUACAGGAGGAAGAUGAAGACGUCGAUUACGAGGUUUCAGAAGACGGAGAGUCAGGUGAGGAAGAGGAUGGAGGCGGGGUGGAUGACAAUGGUGCGAAAGAAGAAGAACGAACGUCGCAGGAUAAAGACACGACAGAUGAUGCCCAGCCUCCUUCUCCCAAACGUGCCCGGUUGAAUAAUGUCGACGAUGAAAUUUCGAAUAGUUCUUUGCCCGAAAAUCAUUGGGAAGGCACAAACGGAGCUUGUCCGUACAAGGCUUCAUCUAACUCUGCUUCAGCGUUUGAUGUGUAA